ACCACAUUGAAAAAAAAAACAAAAAUGGCGUCUACGAUUGUUUUGAUUGCGUGAGUGGUGCUUCGUGCAUUGCGUAAAAAUCAUAGUUUAGAAUGAGUUUUGAGUGAAAUUUGAUUACAAAAUAUAUCGCGAAUGUACCAGGAAUAUGAAGAGAAAAUUGAACGCGCUGGAGCUGCGUCGGCAGCUGGAAAAAGGCCGACGGCACGAGGAUUGUGAUGGUGAGCAACAUCAGCAGCCGAAAUCGCCCAGCAAGAAGCGAUCGCCAUCGAAAAGCACUGUCGGGGGAGGAAGUCCGAAGCGGGCUAGGGUGGCGAAGGGAUAUGGAUCAACAUCCCGGAAAGAAGAUCCCCGAGAGCACCAGAAUCUCAAUCGGGAUGAAAUUGUUUUGAUGUUUAUGGAGGUAUCGGAGAAAAUCGAUCGUUGUUUCGAUUUCGAUUUGCAGAAAUGGCUAAGUCGCUACGAGGGACUACGAGCAAAGGAGGAAACUAAUUUUCCUGAAGCAGCCAUGUUGAUCACGAGUGCCGCUCAGAUCUACGGCCGAAAGGUGGAUUAUCUGGAGGAAAUAAUAUUGCACAUGGAUCAAGAUCAGAAGGGCAGAGAUGAAAAUCAAGAGGAACAGCAGAAGGAAAAUAAGCCAACAUCUGGCAGAAAGCGUGCCGCUCGUUUCCAGCCCCAAUCUUUAUCUGAUUGCUUCGGAGAUUUGGAGUUUACGGUCGUUAACGGCAAGAAGGCACCGAUUGAGUCACUAGUGACGAGUUUGCAAAGGGUGGCAGUCGAUUCACGGAACAAGUUUCAACAAAUGCAAGAGUUGUGCAACGAAUUGAGGACCAUGCCGAGUAAACAGCGAAAACAGGAAAUAUUGAAUCGCCUUCGAGACGACGCGAAUAUUCCUGCAAUUAUGUCCAGUCACACUGCCGCCAGGAAAAAUCAGAUUCUUGACCUGGAAUCGGGUGAAACAAUAGGGACCCGGUACGAUUUUCAGAUUCAUUUGAAUUUCAUUGAUGUUAAGACCGGUUUACUCAUGCCGGAGCAUGAUUUGAAGAAAUUCUUCCAACGCUGUGAUGUGAUUGAUUAUUUAUUCGAGCAGCAUGAAAGCGAGAGCAAAAGAGACGGAUCAUCAGAUCAAAAUGCGAUCUUCCCGUUGAGGCCGCGAGAAUUCAAGAUCUAUUUGCCUCCGGAUUAUCUCAAGAACAAAUACCGCAUCGAAAUUGAUGAUACAGCAGACUUUGACAAUGAACUGCAUAAAGCGAGAAGUAGCAACUAUCGAAAAGAUCCGAUAUUGGAGUUGAUGCAAAGUAAAUUUGCUGGCCGAAGGGAAUGUAUUGAAUUUUCGAAAACUGCAGAAACAAAUACACAGGAAGUUUCGUUUUCGAAUGCGUUGUCCUCAACCGUAAUCGAACCUGGCACAGAUAUGGAUCCGAUGCUACGUGAAUCGGUUGGGGUUCCGUUGGAAAAUAGCGAAACCCACGACGACAGUCAAAAUACAACUCCCGUUGACAUUGCUUCGAAUUUGGAAGACACACCUCAAGAACCGAAUUCAACGCCUUUCCACGACAGCGGAGCUUUUGACGACAGCCAAAACACGAUUCCUGAUGAAUCUCCAUCGACUUUGGAGAGCACACCUCGAAUAUUAAAUCACGAAUCACAAUCUCAGACAACCAUCAUUGUGUCGAUUAUCUCCGAACACGACCGGAAUGACUUCCCGAGAUCGAAAGAAUGCUCCCCGGAACCGGAAUUGAUGGCCCUUGAAAAUCAAACCACAGCUGUGCCCAACACCGAUCAGGAUUCCAGCAAACAGUCAAACGCACCGUCCCGGCUCAGCCUGGAGGACGAAGGUAUCGGCGUCGACAGGGAAUCACUGGGCAAGCAAACCCCAUCCGAUCUGGCGCGAUCGCCUUCGCUGGACAAGCUCAGCGAUGACGGUGUAGGGGGCGCUUCAUACGCUCCCAUGUCCGCCCCCAUGUUCGGCAGUGGCUUAGUGGUGAUGAGUGGCACUGGAAUGCGCACAAUUUCGCUGAAGCCGGCCCUGCUCGAGCGCAAUCUAUUCAAGAUCCCCGAGUGUCAUCUGAGGAAGCACCUGCUGUUUACCCUGCCGCCGGAGUUUAAGCGGUUGAAAAUGGAUUUGGUUCGUAAAGCCAGUGAUCGAACGAAGGAUAUUUUCACGUUGACAAUGUACAGUUUGAGUCCACGUGGCGCUAAGAGCCCCGAAUGGAUGAGGCGAGCUUCGACCCCGGAAUUGGAAGACUUUCUCGGUUUUGACGAGUUUGAGGACAUUCUACAGGGCCCAGCUGGGAAGUGCCUGUACAGCUUGGCACCCAUGAGCGACGGUCAGCAAUCGAAUGUGUCUCGUGCUUCCUCGCCAGUAAGCGAUUUCUUCGGAUUCGACAAUGAUGAGUCAAUUCGCGGCAUUGCCAGUGAGGAAAUUGCCCGUGUGGCAGACUUUGAUGACGAUACCGGAAAUAACUCGAAAGAAGUGCAAGCUACUUCAUGUGAUCCUGUACAGAGCGAGCCAAUAUUGCCCGAAGUUGUACCUGAGAAGACCCAACAACCUGAACCAGAAACGGCAAUCCCACAAUCCGAGUCACAACAGUCUACUCCGACGCGUACCAUGUCCCGUGAUUCCGGAAUUUCGGACGAUCAAAACGAGCAGUCAACUAUGCGGCAAAGUCGUUCAAAAGAGGCCACACCAGAGCCAUCCGACGAAACUUCCGAUGUAAUUGAUCAUCCACAACCUGAGGAGAAUCCGGCUGUAACGAGCGCCAAAUACAUUCAAAGCGUGGCCGAAGCCAAAGAGCUGAUCGAAAAGGUCAACAGUUGGCACCGGAAGUUGAAGCCUAUUCUGGUACAGUCCGAGAAAAGAAAUCACUUCGACAUCCACGCAUAUGGAACCGAGAUCAUCGAUUCGUUUGGGUGUGAACAAUCAGUGGAAGAUGUACCGGUGAUAAAUUUUGCUCAGGUCAUGGAGAAUAAGCCGGAGGACUUCACGGCGCGAUACUUCCUAUCGAUGUUAAUGUUGGCAAACACGAACAACGUACAGAUUGUGGCUCGCAAUCAAGAUUCUCAACGGUUGACUGCUAAGGAGGACAUCGAGUUGCGGUUGCUGAGCAGAAAACGUCACCAUCAAGAAAUGGAGAGUAUGGGUGAGCGGAUCCCCUGUGAUAAUACACCGACCGGGCGGUUGGCCAGUGGUGGAAAGAAAUCAAAACUGUCACGGGGGAUGAAGCGCAAGAGGUUGAUAGAGGACGACGAGGGCUUGGAAGAGGAAGAAGACGAAGUGGAACUGAGAGGAAUCCGUCGAUUGCAGGAUGAUGACGAUCCGGAUUUCGAUUUCCUGGAGCGGAUUCGACGGAUAUACCCGAACAUUAACAGUGAGGAAUCCAAACGGAAAAGGAUAGCAUUCCACAGAGGCAUGCGUCGGUGUGCUUACGGGUUACAAGACGGUGGAGAACAAGAGAUCGUCCCCCCGCAACUGCCAGAACCAAUGGAACCUACCCCGGAAGAGGAUGAUCCGGAUGAAAUUCUUUCCGUCAAUUUGACGACCAACGAAGCAAUAAUGGUGAUGGCUCCUCCACCAGUAAUGGUCGAUCCGGAUCCUUGCUGCUCCAAGAGUUUGGUCUCAACGGCGGAAUCCGGUUACGGUUCCAUGAUUGAACAAAAUGAUUGUUAGGACAAUUCUUUUUUUUUUCUUGGUUAUUCAGCACAUGAAUAUAUCUACACGUGUUCAUUACUUAUGUUUUGUAAGCACCGACACUGCUUAGACACAGAUAACACCGUUUUUUAAAUUAGUAGUCAGCAAUUAACUGUUGUUCUAUUUUGACUUAGAAUUAGGUCCACAAAUUUAGAUAAUAAGCUACAAUUUUUUCUUCGAAUUUAUAUCCAGGAAAACUUCGCUAUUAUUUUCCUUAGUACAAAAUCCGUACAUUAAGAUUUGACUAUCUCAGUACUAUUUCAAAUGUGAACAUUUCGCCCAGUGUAUUUAUAGUUUAUUAUUUCUUGCAUUUAUUCUUAAGCCAACCUUACCAACUUUUAUGUUGUCAAACAAGAUUCCUUAUUUACAUCCAAGUACUACUAUAUUUACUCGAAUUAUAAUUAUUUACACUAAUUUUUAUUUUUUCAAACAUUUAUUUCCUUUUCUUUUGUGUUAUCCACUCAAUGCAUCCAUAUUUUGAGCAAUCCUUAAACAUCAUUCGACAGAUGAAUUGCACGUGUUUGGCAUCCAACUAAAAUUUAUUAAAUUAUCUGAAUCGAUCACCUCUUCUUGGUGUUUCGUUUUAGGCGAGAACGAUUUUAUAUCAUUCUUUUUCUGAUAAGUCCAAUCGAUAAGUAGCUGUAAAUUUCCCAAUUAAAAUCGUAAAUCAAUUUCAUCUAUAGUUUUAGGCAUGAAUUCGUUGCUUGCCAUUUCAGGCUCAUAUAGAUAACAACUCACUUGACACAAAACAUGGCAUGACUAUUGUAACUCUUGUAGAGCGUAAUCCAAGUGAACGUUUAGAGUUGAUUGUGGCGAUAGGAUAUAUUUUUUGGAAUAAAAGAAGCAUAAAAACUGUA